ACGAGGAGCUGCCAGUCAAGCCUCAAAAGGAAUGGCUUCACAUGGACAAGGUGGAGCCAGAAAAACUGGAAUGGACAAGAGACCUUCCUGCACCCAGGAAGCAGAGCACCAAAAAGGCUAUGCAAGCACGUUUUGAUUUUGCUGGCUCUCUCAUCCCACCCACCGAAGACGUGCCCACCCAUUUAGGCCUGCAUCACCAUGGAGAGGAAGCCAGAGGUGAGUGGCUGGCUGGCUACUCACUGCAAGAGCUUUUCCUCCUCUCUCGCAGUCAGCUGAACCAACAGCGCAAUCUGGCCGUCAGCACUCUCGCUAAUAUCCUGGCCAAAGCCCGGGCUGGUGAGUACAUUUCCUCUCUAAAGGGCAGCGUCUUGUCUUCUUUAUUGGAUUCUGGAGUCCUCUUUCUUCUGCGGUUCUCCCUGGAUGACAGUGUGGAGGGUGUGAUGUCAGCAGCAGUGCAUGCCUUGCGAGCUCUGCUGGUCUCAUCUGACGAUGAAGAGUGCUUGGAUAAUGCCUUCUCAUGGCUGCUCGGGAUGGCAACCUUUCCUUUACUGCCCACUGCUCAGGAGGAUGAGGACGAGGAUGAUGAAGGCUUGGAUGAGACCAUGAAAGAAACUGCUAAAGAGAAAGAAGAAAGAAAAACAGAUCAUGAUGUUGCUAGGCAGGAUGUUGUCAAGGGCUUUCUGAAGAUGCAGGGUCUUCCUCGGCUGCGGUACAUCGUGGAGGUGGUGCGGCCCUCCCCCCGGGUCGUUCUUGAUAUUCUGGAGGUUCUGAUCCGAAUCGCUCGCCACUCGACUGCUGCAGCAACACAGAUCCUGGACUGUCCGCGGCUGAUGAACACUGUGAUUUCGGAGUUUCUUCCCUGCUCCUGGGCUCCUGCCACCUCACAGGCUCCGUCCUCUUUGUAUGGGCUCCCGGUUGCCUUGGCGAUGAAGCUUCUUCGUGUUUUAGCAAGUGCUGGGAGGCAUGCUUGUGCUAGAAUACUGAACUCUCUAGGAGGGAAGGAGGUUUUGUCACGUUUCGUGGUUGUGGAACCGUCAGAGAUGUUGCUGGAAGCAGGUGAAGCUCUUCGCUGCAGUGCGGAGGCGCUGAGACUGUUCGCAGUGGCUGCCGGCUACGGACAGGCUUGCAGUCUGUACACAGACCUGUAUCCUGUGCUGGUGAAGAGGUUGCAGGCUGGGAACCGGCUGUGUGCUUCAUCUGAGGCUGUUCUGCUUCAGGAGCUGGACCCAAUCAGAGCUCUGCUCGUGCUGCUGACUCGGGUCACUCAGACGGCAGGAUGCCAUGAAGAACUGCAGAGAGACCUAGUCAGUGCUCAGGGUACAGAGUGUCCUCCAGCUCCUCCGGUCGUGUGGAGUCAUGUGACCGGUCUCCAGCCCACUGUCAUCAGCUCUCUCAAGGGCUAUGUGAGAGCACUCGAUGGCCCGGCUCAAAUGUCAAGUGCUCUGAUUCUGCUUCCAUCCUACCUGCUCUACACCGAGGCAUAUUAUUCACAGCUUUGUGUACAAAGCUCUUUCCAGCCGGUACAGUGUCUGCAAGAACUCGAGUCACUAACUUCAGAUGUACUUCUGCCACUGAUAUCCCAUCAGGCCAUGCAAAAUAUAACCAGCAGCUUUAGGUCCAGCUCUACGAUCUGUAACCCCGGGCUGAGUGCAGCUGGUGGGGAGGUCAUCUCCAGUCUGCCAGGUCUGGGCUGCUCGAGGAUGAAGACCUCCAGCACAAUGGCAGGGCUCAACUCCCCUCUGCCUCUCCCUACUGCCCUCCUGUACCUGCUGAACACCAUCACCUCCAUCCACAAAGGCUUAAUAAAGAAGUUCAGUCCUCUCAUCCUCUCGGACUCUGUACUGAGUUAUCUGCGGUCUUGUAUCGGAGCCAUGCCCACUGUUUCUCACUCGAGUGCCUGGAUUUUACGCCAUGAGCACCACCUGCUGUAUCUGCUGCUCAGACUGGCUCACAAGCUGAUUCCAGUUGACCCAGAGGUGGCCAAACACGCAGUCUUGUUCCACCAUGUAUCGCUGGCUCUAGUGUCCUGGCUGCUGCCUGGCAGUGAAUAUCUGGCACAUGAACUCAUGUCUGUCAUGACCUUCAGUCACAGCCUCCUUCCGGAGGGUGUCUCUGGUGAACCAGAGAUGGCUGCGUUGGCUGAGCUGCAGCUUAAAGACAGGACUUCACCUGCUGUUGGUGCUCUGCUGCGUGAGGCUCUCCAUCAUUUGCCCUCCAUCCGCGGUUGUUACCUCACCCACCUUGCACACAUGGAAUCCUCUGUUCUUUCAUCCCGUGACCGGUACCUCGGCCGAACGCCUUUUGUCAGCUCUCAUCUCCUACCUGAACUUACUGGCCCCUCCCUGCCUUCUGAUUGGCCCUUCUUACCGCUCAUUAGUCUCUAUGAGCGAAUGGGGCUGUCAGCUGGUGGUGGGCAUCAGGUUGAGUGUCUUCCAGCAGGGUCAGUGCAGUCAGUCACUAACUGCCUUCAAUGGCUGCUUGUUCUGGAGAGUUGGAGAGAGCAGGCUCUCACGCCGGUGCCACCAGUGGCAAAGUUAGCCCGGCUAGCCUGUGUCUUUCUGUGCUCCAGUGACCUCUUCCUGGAGCGGCCUGUGCAAGAGCUUACUUGGGCGUUGUUUCGCAGGCUAACACAGCCAGCUCAGCUUGAGGCGCUGGAUCUGGGCUCACCUCCACCAGGCUUGGCUUCCUUUCAUGACCUGUACUCAGCUCUGCUGGCGCAGUAUGAGGCUGUGUCAUUCGGUGACCCACUCUUUGGUUGCUUCAUGCUUUUGCCUCUACAGCGGCGCUACAGUGUCACCAUGAGGCUGGCUGUGUUCGGAGAACAUGUGGGAAUGUUGCGUUCGCUGGGGGUCCCGCUACAGCAGCUGCCUAUUCCACUGGAGAAGUUCACGUCCCCCAUGGAAGGCUCCCUUCCUCUGCUGCGGCUGUAUUUUCGAGCACUGGUAACUGGAGCUCUGAAGAGGAACUGGUGUCCUGUACUUUAUGUGGUGGCUGUCGCCCACCUGAAUGCCUUUAUCUUCUCCCAGGAUGCAGUGACAGAGGAGGUGGAGGCGGCACGUCGGAGCCUGCUGAGAAAGACAUGCUACCUGACAGAUGAGGUGUUAAAGAACCACCUGCUUCUUUUUCAGCUGCCCCAGCAGAAUUCAGAGCUGGGCUUCAUCACUUAUGAACAGCUACCCACGAUCCGUGCCCGCAGGUUGGAAAGCAUUGUGGGAACAAAAAUAAAGGGCGGAGAAAGGUGAAAAAAGAAAAAUCCUGUCCCACAGUUUUGUAUGAGAUUUGUAAACUACCAUCCUCAUAUCUGUGGUUUUUGGCCUGUUAGGAACAAGUGGCAACUAUCGACUUUAAAAUAAACAUUUAGAUUCUUGUG